GGGAACCCCAAUGGGAAGGGCUGGCUCCAGAGGCCUUUCCUCCCUCGGGCUGCAGCAGACCCUGGGGAGAAACCUCCAGGUUUGACCUUCAGGGGCCCUCCCCCUGCUGCCUCAGUGCCCUCCUGCUGGGGCUGUUUUGGUCAGAGCCCUUCUCCUUCCUCGCCUUGUUGUGGUGGGGAAGUUCAAGGUGUCCUGGCAGCAGGAAGCUCCUUUGCUCCACCCUCUGCCCUGCACACCGGCCGCCUGAGUUUGUCGAGGAUUUUGCAGAACCAGAGCUGCCAGGAACAGCAAGCUGACCUGUGCUCGGGUGGGAGCUGCACCCCCGGCAUGAAGCUCUUCUCCUGCAAGCCCUGGGCAGCCCUCGCUGUGCUCUUCUUCACUGCCACGCUCCAGCGUUCCUGCUCAGCAGCAGCUGAAGGAGCCUCCAACCUUUCUACAAGCGCCGUGCCCAUGACUGAGUAUGAACCACCAUGUCUUCAUGUGGACUUCUGCACCCGAGCAGCUAUGUGCUGCCCGUCAGGCAUGGAUGAUUACGGGUGGAUUGCAGCGGCUGUCGGCUGGAGCCUCUGGUUUCUGACUCUCAUCCUGCUCUGUGUGGAAAAGGUCAUGAAGCUCCGGCCAGAUGAACCCAAAUAUUUGGUAGCCUGAAGCAGAGCAAGCCAGCGAGCAGCAGUCAGGUGCAGACAGACUGACAAAGCAUUCCAAUCAUUUCCUAAGGAACAGAAAAGAAAGGGACUGUACCUUCAGCUAUAAAAGGCCAGAUCUAAGCAGGCACCUGCUGAGGCUUCAUCAUCCCAAGCAGGUCCAAGCCACCAGCCCAGGUGUGCAGCAGGCUCCAUCCAGUCCCUGCAAGCCACCAGGGACACACAGAAAACCUUUUCCCCAAGCCCUUUCCAGCCUGCAAUCAGACACGGAAGGAGCAGUUACCAGGCUAUAGCUCCCUGCCUUCAGACAACCCAGUACAGAGCCUUUUGAGUUUGAAACAGAAGUGAGCAAAUAAAGUUAGUCCUUGGAGGAGCAACAUUACCAGAUCCAGUGCUAAGCUAUGGGCCAGCCUACGUCAGUAAACAGAUACAACUCAUUGAUUACUGAAUAACUUUCUUUCGCUAAGCUGUAGUGUUUACUGACAAGGAAAACUCUGUUGUGGAAAUUUAAGGCUUGUUUGGGCUGAUUUGAAAUCAGAACUCGUUAUUCCAGUGCAACCUAUAUGUGAACUGUUUUGUGGGAGGUUAACAUUGGUUGCAUUUAUUCAGCUUGCACCUGCCUGUGUAAUUAAGCCAUGCUGCACCAUAGCAGGUGGGUUUAAACCACUGUAUCCAAGUGAAGCACAAAACUGCUCCUAUUUAUGUAAGAUGAUAAUAAACGCUCUUCUUGAUGGAAA